AUGUUGAAAGUGUUUCUUCUUGCAGCCUGCAGUCUUUAUGUACAAGCCGUAGCCGUCAGAGUCAAAGAUUCCUAUCAAGAAGGAAGUGUCUAUUGUCAGGGCAGAAGCUGCAAGUUUGUUGCUGGAGUUUUAGACUGGAACAGAGCUACAGCAGUGGGAUCAUUCAAUGAAACCAUUCUGUCCACUGGCUGGGGUAUACUGGACAUCAGCGCUGGACAGGCUCGCCUGCCAGAUCAGACUGAUGUAGGGAUCAUGUUUGCUGCAGGUUACCUGGAAGGUGCCUUGACUGCCAGACAAAUGGAGUACCAGUUUACAAAUCUUGCCAAUGUCUUGUUUCCGCCUAAGCCUUCAGACAUAUUAGAAAAGGUAAAGCUCUGGUUUACAGUACAGAGAAGAUGGGCAGAUGAAAUGAUCCAGGCACAUGCUUCUGAUCCAAUCUGGCGCCAUGCUUCUUAUAUUUUGGCACAGCUAGAUGGUCUGUAUGCUGGCUACAAGUCUGCUACAAGCAGUGACGAGCAGACCACCUUGGAUAUGUUUGCAAUCAAUAUCUUAAAUGCCAACGGAGAUCUUCUUGACCUGAUAAGUGCUCUUAGCCCAGAAUCUAUCCCGGAUUGGACCAAAUUUUCUCCACAGGAAGCAGAAAAUUACUUCUAUUCAGGCGGGCACUGCUCAGCACUGAUCAAGCUGUUGCCUGGGUAUGAGAAUAUCUUCAUGUCCCACUCCAGCUGGUUUUUAUACUCAGUCAUGAACAGAAUCUUCAAACAUUACAACCUGAAUGUGACCGAUCCUGCCACGGCAGCAAGAAGGAUAUCCUUCUCCAGUUAUCCAGGUUACCUGGAAUCACUAGAUGACUUCUACCUGCUGGGGAGUGGUCUGGUAAUGUUACAAACCACAAACAGCAUUUACAAUUCAAGCCUGUACAAGCUUGUCAAACCACAAUCCUUGAUGGCAUGGCAGAGAGUCAGAAUUGCCAACAUGAUGGCUCACAAUGGCAAAGAGUGGACAGAGAUUGUCUCCAAGUAUAACUCAGGCACAUAUAACAAUCAGUACAUGGUCGUUGACACAAAGUUAAUCCAGUCCCAGAGUCCACUGCCAGACAAUAGUUUGUGGGUCGCCGAGCAGAUCCCUGGUCUGGUCGUUGCAGAAGAUCUGACACCGAUACUGAGAGCAGGCUACUUCCCGUCGUACAAUAUUCCUUUCUUUGAGGAAAUCUACAACAAGAGUGGUUAUCCAGAGUUUGUGGCCCUACAUGGGAAGAAUUACACCUAUGAACUAGCACCCAGGGCAAAAAUCUUCCGCAGGGACCAGUCUUCUGUCAAAGAUAUGGACACCUUCAAAGCUAUCAUGCGAUAUAAUGACUACCAGAAUGACCCAUAUAGUGGAGGAAGUCCCUGGAAUUCAAUAUGUGCUAGAGGAGAUUUGGCCAUAAAUCAGACUACACCAUCAGGAUGCUAUGAUACAAAGACGACUGAUUUGAACAUGGCCAGAAAUUUCCAAGCUGAUAUUAUAAAUGGGCCAACCACUGGCACCAGACUUGCCCCUUUCUCUUGGACCGGGAAAUAUGCAUCAAAGUCUCAUGCUGGACUUCCUGAAACAUUCAAUUUCUCUUUUGUGAGAACACAGCCCAGAUUCUAA